AGAAGCACAAGCCACAGGUAAAAAUCAUUUUGAGCCGAAUUUUUCUCCGACAAUAGUUGAUCAAAUCCAGUCCGAUAAAAAAUGAGAAUUUUUCUAGUCGUCACGCUUCUCGCUCUGGUCGUGGCUUUCAUCGAUGCCAAUCCCAACCGAGUGAUGAGGCGAAACCGCGUUGCCGAGAAAGCGAGAAGGGACCACAUGGCACGGCGAGGAGUGGGACCUUCGCCCGGAUCUGGAAUGGUCGUCGACCAAGUGGGAGAUGUGAAGGACGUGGUGGAAGAGACAGUUCCAGAGCAGGAAGUGAUGAAGAAACCGAAGAAAGACGACGAGGUCUGUCUGAAGAAGAAGGAGCUGGGUCCCAUUGUCGAGUUGGUCGAGCUCUUCUACCUGGUCCAAGAUUUCUACGCCUUCCGAGAAGCUUGUGGCGAAUUCGACUACGAUGAAGAGUACUACUUCUCUGGUGCGAUCGACAAACGAGGAGACGACUACGACGAAGAGGAAGAUGAUGAGUUGAUGCUGGAAGAGACUGACAUCUGGGAGAUCGAAUGGAAGGUGUUCGGAGAUUUCAUCGAUGCCGCAUUUAGAUGCGACUGGCAGAAGUUUUGCGACCGAGUCCCGUUGUCGCCCGAGGAUGAGGCAGCCCUUUGCCCCUACGGCCCAUUUUUCUGGAAGAAAUAAGCCGAACAAAUUGCGAACGGAAUCGAGCCCGAUGGUUCAAAUUGUGAAAAAAAAUGGACUCUGAUUUUAACAUUUUUAUGAGUUUUAUCAGUGAUAUGUAGUUUAUAGUGUCUGUUUGGCAGUCCAAAGAUGAGUGUUGUUGUCUGUGCCAGUUUUCAAUUUGUACAAAAAAAUUGUUUUAAGAAUA